GAAGUAAGAAAUUAUUUUAUAGGAAAUCCUACAAAAUAAUUAUAUUUUUGAUAAUUUGUAAAUUUUUUUAUUGACAGUUAAGAAUAAUAGGUCGUGUAAACUAUUUAUAUUUGUGAAAAUCAAUAAUCUUUAUAAACACCGAAUUGUAUAUUCUUUAUCAUUGUGAGACGAUAUUUAAUCCUAUUUUGUACUAAUGUAAUAAUAGGUUUAAUCUUUUAAAUUAGAUUUACGAUGAAUUGUGUUCUCCACACGAAGCAGGUCUUCCUGAAUAAUUAAAUAUCCAUAAAGUGUAAAUCGACAAAAAAAUAUACAAAAAAUUUGGAGAAACUUUUCUGAUAUUCGAUCGAUACUGCCGCUUUUCUCUGAAGUAAAAAAAAACGAAAAAAACUUAUUUUUGUUGACAUUCGCCACCAUCUGUCAAUUUGACAGCAAAACAGGUUAUGUGCAAUUAGUGCAUCUGCUACCGCGGCACACGAACGACUGAAAAUGGGAUUAAUAGGACUGAAAUUUGGUACUUUAUUAACGAUAAUAAUUGUGUUAAUAGCGAUUUAUUAUAGAAAUUUUGACGAUGUUCUACAAAAAAGAUUAGUGGCUGUUUUACACGGACUAGAAAAAUUAGAAAACCGCUAUGAAAUUACUGACAGACCAAAAGUGGCGAUAGGUUAUGGAAUUUGCACAGAUGUGUCGGUUCGAGCAAAAAAAUUACUAAAAUAUAAUGAUAAUGUUGGAAAUCCUAUGCAUUUUGAUGAAAUUAACACCGAUAUUGAAUUAUACAAGAGUUAUGCUUACUAUUUUCGUCAUGGAGCUGCUGCCGAACGCUAUAUGGGAAAUAGGAUUCUUUUCGACGAAUUGGUGGCGAAAGUACGAAAAAUUUCCACGUCUUACUCGACGAUUGGAGGAAAUGCGGCAGUAAUGGCACUUCGAUUUUUGAAGGAAGGAUGUGAUGUUAUUUUGGCUGCGAAAAUGACUAAAUCUCUCCAACAAAUGAUGCCGCAGUCGAUUAAAAUCGUAGGCGGAGAAGUAGAACGAGAUGAUAUACAUUUAAUUCUUGAGUACAAAAGUGGAGAAACUUGGGGGCCUUAUAAAAGUGCGCGAGCUAAUAGAUACAUUCUUCACAACGAUCACAACAAUCCAAUGAUAAGCGCUCUCGAAGAACUUGAUAAAGUACUGCCAGAAUUUAAACCCGAUUUACUAGUCAUUGGCGGUCUUCAGAUGAUGGACAAUUUUCCUUUCGAAGAUGGUGUCCGUUCUAGUCGAUUGAACAAAGUUCACAAGCAAAUGAUCAGUCAGCCAAAAUCGACGAAAAUCCAUUUCGAAAUGGCCUCGUUUGUCGAGCAGAGUUUACUCAAUGAACUUUGCAAUAAGGUCAUUCCAUUCGCUGACAGUCUGGGUAUGAAUGAACAAGAAAUUGGAAAUCUGUACAAUUCCCUCCAGUACGGAAAUAUUUCACUAGUCACGGACUCCACGCCUAGGGUGGCAACAAUUUUGGAUCAAAUGAGAAUGCUCUUCAGGCUGAUUCGAGUCAAGGGGAAUAAAAUUGAAAAUUCGAGAGAACUAACGAGAAUUCAUGUUCAUACACUAGCUUAUCAAGCUAUUUUCACGGUGAAAAAUUCCUCUUGGAAAAAUACAGUGGCUGCGGCCGCAAAAGCCUCUCUCACUGCCCAUCGACACGUUUGUGGAUCACAAGAUGUGAAUUUAGAUAAAGCGACGCUCAUCAUGGACGACAGUUUCUCAACGUCUGCGAAAUCAGGUUCGAGAAUUCUUCUCGAUGAAAAUAAGCCCGUCUCAUGUUGGGAAGAGACUUUCAAUAUAAAUAAACGUAUUGUUGUUGAAGUUUGCAUCGCACCAGUUUUAGUUUGCACGAAAGCUAGUCAAACCGCAGGCGGCGGAGACAAUAUUUCAAGCGCAGGACUCGUACUUCAAAUCUAAAGAAUGUCAAUUUCAAACGAAAACGUUUAAAAAAACGGCUUAAAAAUUACCUCGUCAAGUUCUAAUGACCGUUUUUUUAAAAACCCAUUUACAUUGCAAAUAAUUUCAUUCCAUUAUCGGCUGUUACUCAACAGAUGAGUAUAAUGUAGUUUAAAGACUUUGAUACAAACUGAAAAGUAUUUUAAAAUAUUCAAAUCUCAUUAAAAUCGUUAAAGAAACGUUAACUAUCUAAAAGAGUUAACUAAAAGUGAGACAGAAUAGAUGAAACUAGAAAUGAGAUAAGAUUUUUUAACAUAUUUUAAAAUAUUUUUACCUCUACCAUUUUUUUUUCACAAUUUUCCAAUUUACUUUGAAUCAAUUUUUUUCAUUGUGAAUAUAAUCAAAAGAACAUUAGUCCCAGUCGUUUUUUCCAUAAAUUUUCAAUUUUAAGUUGGUAAAUUUAAAGAAAACUGGUAAAUUUAAAAACUUAUAGAAAAAGCGACUGGAAACCUCCUUAUAUUUAUUACAUUCUCAUCAAAAAAAUGAGAAAGUCUUGUUUUUUGUUAAUCAAAUGCAACGAGCAAAUAAUUCGAAAGUAACAAAUUUUUCAGCAACUAUUUAAGUUAUUGAAAUAAUCAUUGUGCCAUUAUCUCACUGAACAUAAUAGAGAAGAUAUUUUCUUUCUAAUGAUUGGUGAUUGUCUAAGUCAACGAAUUUAUUUAAUACGAAAAAAUAUUUCUAGAGGAAAGAAAAAUGAAAAUACAUCGUGAUAAACGACGUAGAACAGUGAAAUCAAAAAAAUUAUUGUUAAAUAUUAGAUUUAUGCAUAAACUAAAUCACAAUAUGAAAGAUUUAAUCUUUACGCAAAGAAAAGUCAAUUUGUGUGAUUUUGCAUUUAAUUUUUUUUUGUGCACA